CCCAAUAUAAUAUCACUCUUAGGUCUCAACCCACCUCUCUACCUUAUUAAGUCUCUUAUUGGCUCACUUCGCAAACCCUAGAUUACACCACAUUCCUUUGCCGCUGCGCAGCCAAGUGCACAAGCCAGCUCUCCCUUAGCAGAUCGGACUAUCUCAAGAUAUAACUAUGUCGGUCGGAGAAAUUGCUUGCUCUUACGCUGUUAUGAUUCUAUAUGAUGAUGGUAUUCCCAUCACUGCAGAGAAAAUUGCCCAAUUGGUCAAAGCAGCCAAUGUGCAAGUUGAAUCUUACUGGCCUAGCUUGUUUGCUAAGCUAGCCGAGAAGCGUAACAUUGAGGAUCUUAUCACAAAUGUUGGGUCUGGUGGUGGUGGUGGUGCCCCAGUUGCUGUUGCAGCUCCAGCUGGAGGUGCUGCUGCUGGUGGAGCUGCUGCCCCUCCUCCUGCUGAAGAGAAGAAGAAGGAAGAGCCACAAGAAGAGAGUGAUGACGACAUGGGAUUUAGCUUGUUUGAUUAGGAGCUCCUCUCUGUAUGCCAAAGUCCUACGUUUGUCUUAGUAGUUCAUUAGUUCAUUUUGGAUCUUUUUGCUGUUUCGUUUCAUUAUAAAUUUCGUGAAUGUAGACUUGGAGAGUAAGGUUUUUGAGCUACUAUAUGAUUCUGCUUUAAUAUA